UCUGAGGCCAAGUGAACAACAAAAGGUCUGCAGGGACUCUGGGACCAGUCUGAGAGCACCCAGGGGAUGAAGAAGCAACAGAAUUAGCAGAAGUGAAGGUUCUGUGAAAUCUUCAGGAGUGUACAGUGGAAACGAAGCACAGGUCUCCAUUUUUUAGCUGAGGAUGUCUCUGCAGUCUCAGAUGUUGGCUCUUGUCUUGGUCUUUGUCUUCAUGGGCUCUUGCCCUUACAUGGCAGCCCCUCCAGGUGAGCCAGAUGAUGAAGCUUUUGACCUUGAGAACUACGACCUGAACAAUGAGAUGGACUGGGAGAAACUGGACCUGUUUGGAAACAUUUAUGAGUAUGAUGACUUGGACCAAGAGUUUGAAGUGGGUACUGUGGCACCAGAAACCCCGCCACCAGCCAACGAGCACACUGCUGAACACUACGAAGCGGAGGGGACCCUGCCCACCCCACCUCUUGCUCCUGUCACCCUGGACUUUAAGGGACCAGAUAUCUUUGGCCCGGAGACUGGCCUGGGUAUGCCUAUUUGUCUACUGUGUGUCUGCAUUGGUGGGAGUGUGUACUGUGAUGACAUAGGCCUGGAUCAGAUCCCAGUCCUGCCAAAAGACACCACUCAUUUUUAUGGCCGCUUCAAUAAGAUUCGGCAUGUCAAGAACACAGACUUCAUCAACCUGAAUAAGCUCCAGUCCAUUGAUCUAACAGGGAAUCAGAUUUCUGGAAUGGAUGAGGAUGUGUUUCGUUCUCUGCUGCAGCUCCAGGAGUUACUGUUGGCGGAUAACAACCUGCAGGUCAUGCCUGAGCUGCCAAUCACCAUGAAACACAUCGAUCUACGCAACAACAGGCUGAUCAGUCAUGGGGUACAUUCUGAGGGAUUCAAGGAUAUGAGCCAGCUGGAAUUCCUCUAUAUGUCUAACAAUAACCUGGAUUACAUUCCUACACCGCUGCCACUGAGCUUGAGAGUGUUACACCUGCAGAAUAACAACAUCCAGUCUCUGCAUGAAGACACCUUCUGUAACCUCCAUGAUCGCAACUUCAUCCGCAGCAACCUGGAAGAUAUCCGUCUGGAUGGCAACCCCCUGAACAUCAAUCUGUUUGCCAAGGCCUAUGUCUGCCUCCCACGCCUGCCUGUAGGGAGUCAGUAACAGCUGCCAAAUUAGGCAAAAAAGAAAUCUGUUUUGUGUAAAUAUUGGUUAUAUGGGUAGAAUUAUAUGGGGGUUGAGGGCUGUUUGAAAUACCUAAUCAUUUGUCUAAAUAUUCACAGUAAAUUUUUAUGCCAUAAAUCUGUGGAAUCGGAAGGAAGGAACAGCCUUU